AUGGCGGGCCUCCUGCAGGGGGAGAAGCAGCUCUUCGACAAGUUCUGGAGAGGAACGUUUAAAGCCGUGGCCACGCCCAGACCCGAGAGCGUCAUCAUCGCGAGCAUCGCCGCGCGCAGGGAAGCCAACAGGUUGGAGACGUCGGUGUGUGUGGCAGCGAAACCCAGCGAGACCAAAUUAGAGCGAGAGGAGCAGGAAGUGAAGGGGACGGAGAAGAAGAGGCACAGGAAACACCGAGGGCGUAAACGUCACAGCCGCCGUCGCUGCCACAGCGUGUCGCUCGACGCAGACUUUUCACCUCGUCCAGCGGCCAAAGCGAAAAAGAAGAAGAAAAAAUCAGUGAGGAAGAGGAGGAGAGAAAGGUGUCACUCCUCCAGUCCGUCACCACUGCGCAAGAAAAAGAAGAAGAAGAAGAAGAGCUCGAAGAAGAGGAAGCAACACAGGGCUGCCUCCAAGAAGAGAAGACACAGCUCCUCAAGCACCAGACGCAAGCGGAAGGAAGACAGGAAACAUAAAAAGAGGUGCCGUAGUGACUCUCAUCACAGACGCCGAUCACGGAGAGCAGACAGUUCUGACUGGAGAUCCUACAGCACUGAGAGCAGAUGUGAAGACAGCAGUAAAUCAGGCUUUCAGCGCAGCAGCCAUGGUUCAGGAGAGCGUGGAGGGUUCGACUGGUGUUCAGCAGUGAAGCUCGCCACUAAAAUCUCCUCCAAGUGCACAGUCGUACACUCACGUCCUGGGCUUGAAACAUCCAUCGUCCAGGACUCGCCGUGUCUUCAGGGUAAAAGACGUGCAGAUUACGAUUCAGGAAACGAUACAUCGUCUCCACCGUCGUCUAAAACCUGUGUCUCGAGGGCACAGGUCACGUCGGACCAACAGGAGAAACUGAAAUUUAUGGACAAUUCGUCCGAUUCAGGAAACUCUCUGAGCAGCUACGAGUCUCUGAGUAAAGCUGAACACAGAGAGAGACAUGUUAACACAUCUGUUUUCACCAAGCUCAGAAGCGAAGAGUCGAGCAGCUGUGUUGGAUUCAUGAGCCAUCGUUCUCCGUCUAAUGUGAAAUAUCAGUAUCGCUCAGAAACACGGUCUCGCAGCAGGACUCGAUCGUCACGAAGUUCUCGCCACUGGGGACGUUCUAUAUCCAGGAGCAGGUCUCCGUCCUCCAGCCGCAGAUCGUAUUCCCGUUCAUCCAGUUACUCUUGUGACUCGAGAAGAGGGAGUGUGUGGAGCGUGAGCAGCCGACGGAGUGGAAAACAUUCGAGAUACACACCGGACCGGAUUCGAGAGAGAAGAAGAAGCUCCAGCUCGUGUGAGAAGCCGUCAAAGCGAAGCAGGAAGCGCAGCAGGAGGAGAAUCUGCUCCCCGAUGAGGAAAAGGAGACGAGAUUCACCCAGUCAUCUGGAGGCUCGGAGAAUCACCAGUGCGAGGAAGAGACCGAUUCCCUAUUACCGCCCGAGUCCUUCCUCUUCCUCAAGCCGCUCGAGCAGUCUGUCAUCCUGGAGUCUGUUCUCCCUCAUCCGCAGCCAAUCACGAAGCCCGAUUCACAGGAGUCGCAGCCGCUCUUCGUACCGCAGUUACACUCGCAGCUCGUCGCUGAGCUCCAUCUACAGCAGCCGGAGCUACGACUCGCUGUCCAGCUAUAGCCGCGCUCGCCGCUAAUCUACACAAAAG